UUUGCUUUCAAUGGCGGGAUGUGAUUCUGUCAGAGUCUCGACUUUGGAGAGCGUCUCCCGACUCAAAGAAGUAACUUCACAGCUAUUCAGGAAGACAUUCACCGAAAUAUUUUAUCCAGGCUUCCGAGUGAUUUAACAGUCAUCGGUAUUUUAAUCUGUUUUGCGUGCUAACGUUGCUAAGUCAGCCGUCUUCCUGGUUUGAAGUUUGCCUGAGAGCUGGGCUGAUAUAACAUCAACAUGGAGAGUUCACUGAUGAGGGAUAACUCAAUGCUGUUACCUCUAAACAAGGAGAAAACGGUCUAUGACGGAUUCAUCACAGUGCAGGAACAAGACUUCAGACUGAGAAUUUCACUUCCACCAGAUCAUCAGCUGAAACGGGCCAGGCUGCACUGCUGUUGGCAGUUGAAACACCUGUUGCACGGAUACGAGCACAUCGUCAAGCAGAGGCUACAGCAGUCGGCCGAGCUUGUCAGUUUCAUUCUGGAGUUGAAGACCGUCUUGGAAGUGUGUCUGAAGAGCCGUCCUGAGUGCCGCUCCAUCCCACCACCUCAGUAUUACUCUCAGCUCAUCUCUGAGAUGGAGACCCUUGGUUGGGACAAGCUGCUCUUCAUAGACACAGAGUUUAGAACGGUGAAACUGAAGGCAGACGAUUCCUCUGGAAGGCAGCACGUCCUCACUGUUAAAUUCAAGUCGAAGCAUCCUGCAGAGGCUCCUGAAUGCACAGCUCACCUGCCCAUUCCUCUGGCCUUAACCUGGACACCACAGAGUACUCUGGACCAGCUCCACAGUCAGUUCCUGCUGGUUUUGGAGUCUCUGACAGAUUUCUGGGAUGUCCUGGAUGAGAUUGACAGUAAGACCUGGAUUCUGGAGCCAGAGAAACCCAGCCGCUCUGACACCAUGAGGCGCAUUGCCAUUGGAAACAACGUGUCCAUCAAAGUGGAGGUGGAUCCCAGACACCCCAAGAUGCUGCCAGAGUGCUGCCUGCUGGGAGCAGAGCAUGUGGUGACUCCACUGAGGAAUAAGCUCAAUGCCAACAUGCACUUGUGGAACCCGGACUCCAGCGUCUUGCACAACCUCCGGGAUGUUUUGGAGAUCGAAUUCCCGUCACCUGCCACCCACGAAAAAUCUAGCUUCAGUGUGGAGUGUGGGAUCUGUUACUCGUAUCGUCUUGAAGCUGCGAUCCCUGACCAGGUGUGCAAUGAUCCUCGCUGUGGCCAGCCCUUCCACCAGCUCUGUCUUUAUGAGUGGCUGCGAGCGCUGCCCUCCAGCAGACAGAGCUUCAACAUUGUUUUUGGAGAGUGUCCUUACUGCAGCAAGCCCAUCACAGUAAAAAUGGCGGCCCAGAAGUCCUGAGACACCUGGAUCCUUCUCAAAAGUGACUAAAUGCACUUUGACAAACUCCAAGAACAGCACCCAGGAAUAGGAGGAUAAUUAAAUAGACGAACCAGGACAGC